AUGCCGAUAAAAGCGAAAUCUUUGAGGUUAGAUAAGGAAUUGUGUGAUAGAGAGGGUGGAUUUGUUCGUGAUUCAUGGGGAGUUCGGUUUAUGUUCAAUUCACAAUUUGCACACAUCAUGCGCUCUGAGUUUAACGAACUUUUGUUUCCCUCCUUCCUCUUCUUCUUCAUUGACCUACCAAUGAUGGCAACACGUGUUCUCCUGUUGCUCUUCGGAACCUCAUUGUCUCUAUUUUCCGACUCUAAAGCAAAUAUACCCAACUGCGCCUUCGAGGACACCGUCAACUUAACUGCGUGCGUAAAAUUUACCAACGGUACUUACAGCUACGAAGGUUUAUUGGUGCCACCGCAAUACAUCGGUGAAUAUGACUACAUCGAACUCUUCGAGGGCGUACGCCAGAAGGUGGAGAAACACACACGGGGCUGUGUUUGUAAGCUGAAGCAGUGUGUAAGGUUCUGCUGCCAUCCUAGAGCGGAUAUGUUUCAGAGCAGCGAACACGCUUCACCACAAUGCGACAAUGAGCAACUCAGUGACGAACCCAAAUAUACGCCAUUUGUUAAUGUUACAUUGCGUAACAAUUCGCGGGUUUCAAUGCAUUUACUGGAGGAAUUUGUGGUGCAACAGGGAACACCAUGCGCGGAUGUAUAUCCGUUGAUGCCGCAUGUGUACGAAGAGGAUAAGUGGGAGUUGUUCGAGAAUGGCACUUUACUGCGUGACAGGGAUUACCUUUCUAGACGUGAUUAUUGCUUCCAAGCGUAUAAUUUUAGCGGAGAGUUUGUCUUGAACCCCAUGAACUGUCCGAGUAUGUAUAGCGAGUCAGCAACCAUGAUGAUCAAUACGAGAACUAAGUGA